GCAUUGAUGGCCAUCGUGUCUUGUUUGCUGCGUAUGACGCUCAAACAUGUUGUCUGUAGGUUUUGAGACACAGCCAAUGUGAUUUCAUGAAAUUCGCGGUAUCAGGAGAGAUGCUGCUCGUGCAGUGUGAAGAGACACCAGCACCAGGGCACGCAGCAUCAAGGUCCAUUCUGUGAGGCUGCAUAGAUUUUUUCCCGGCACAUUCUAAGGAUAAAACUUACACAUGGGUGAUACGAAGAUAACUCCUGAAGUGUUAGAGCAACUGCUGCAGUUUUACAACCUUACUCGUCAGGAGUUUAUUGAUACGUACAAGAUUCAACCACUGGUGUAUAUCCCUGAGUUACCAUCCAGCGCCAAAAUUGUAUUUGUACUAGUGUACACGUUUAUUUUUCUGAUCGCUCUUAUCGGUAACAGUUUGGUUGUCUACAUUGUGGUGCGAAAGCGCGGUAUUCAAACUGCCACAAACAUUUUCAUCUGCUCUUUAGCCGUCAGCGACCUUCUCAUAUGUUUCUUCUGCAUCCCGUCCACUUUAUUGCAGAAUAUCUCCUCUGAGUGGUUCGGCGGUGUGUUGGUUUGCAAAACCAUUCCUUUUGCCCAGACCACUGCUAUAGUAACUGGUAUUCUUACUAUGACGUGUAUCGCUGUGGAGAGAUACCAGGGCAUUGUGCAUCCUCUUAAAAUUAAAAGACAAUGCACCCCGCAAAGAGCCUACAGAAUGCUGGGGGUCGUCUGGAUUGCAGCUAUGGCAGUUGGAUCCCCAAUGCUGUUUGUGCAACAACUGGAGGUGAAAUAUGAUUUCUUAUAUGAGCACCAUCAUGUAUGCUGUCAGGAGCGCUGGAGCUCAAGUGCUCAUAGAAAGCAGUAUGCUACAUUUAUUCUAGUGUUGCUUUUCCUUCUGCCCCUUGGAGCCAUGCUGCUUAUCUACACCAGAAUUGGGAUUAAACUCAGGAUUUGCAAACAAGUAGGGGACUCCUCAGUCCUAAAUACUAUGAAUCACUUGGAGGUCAGGAAAAUAUCCAGAAAGAAGCGACGAGCGAUCAAGAUGAUGGUCACUAUUGUUGUUUUGUUUACUGCCUGCUGGGCACCUUUUCAUACAGUUCACAUGCUGUUUGAAUACAGUUACCUGGGCAAGAAAUAUGAUGAGAUCACCGUCAAUAUGAUUAUUGCCGUCACACAAGCCAUAGGGUUUUCAAAUUCUUUCAACAAUCCUAUUAUAUAUGCUUUCAUGAAUGAAAACUUUCAGAAGAACUGCAUGUCCACUAUUUCCCUCUGCAUUAGGAGGUCCGGUCACCGUGUGGAUGUGAACGACAAACCAAAUGUGCGCUUUUCAAAAACUCCCAGACAGGAAGAAGACAUCUUUGUCAUGCCCAGGAUACAUAUAGUUGAUCAGGUGGCAUCUGCAAGCUCAAACACGCAGGCAUCUCUAUCCAUUCUGGAGGAGAGGAUUUCUGCCGACGACAGUACAAUACAUGCAAGAUGUAUUCGAGAUUGAUCUCAUAAUAUUACAUAAACUCAAAAGGCACAAAAUGGCAAACAAUUGAACUUGUUAUUGAUGAGUAAGGUGGUGAAUGCAAGUCCACAAUUUCAAAGUAUUUUGAUCAUUUUUAAUAAACUCA